AUGUCGAUAGAAUAUAUUGAAUCGGAAAAUGUUCAAAGGACUAGAGUUUAUCAUAAAAAUCCCCUAACAAAUAAUUCUGAGAAUGAUUUUUUAAUUUUAAUACCUGGAAAUCCUGGUUUGAUAAAUUAUUAUAUAACUUAUUUAAACUAUAUUCAAGAAAAGGUACCAAAAUUUGAAAUUCUUUGCAUUGAAUACUUGGGAUUCUUAGCUCAGAAUGUUAAGAAGGAUUCAAAGGGAAAUCAAAUAAUUUACUCGGUGGAUGAUCAAAUAAAUCAUAAAUUUGAAAUUAUUAAAAAAAUAAUAAAUGAUAGAUAUUCAAUUUCGUCAAAUAAAUCAAAUAUCUUUUUGUUGUCUCACUCAUUAGGUGGAUUCAUUACUGAAAGGGUAAUUCUUAAAUUGUUACAAGAUGAUUCAUUAUCAAAUAAAUUCAAUAUAAAAUUCAAUGGAAUGAUAACACCAACGGUAAACAAUAUAGCUCAAUCAGAAUCUGGUACUGCAUUGACUAAAUUGAUAAAUUGGAACGUACCUUUUGUAGGGAUAGCGAUGUCAUUAAGUUUGAUAUUGAAUUAUAUACCUACAUCAGUUUUAAAAUACAUCUUGACAAAUAAUUGGAAACCACCAAAAGAAAUUAUAAGUAAAAAUCAUCAUAAUAUAGGAUUAGAACAUUCACUAGAAGCAACUAUUCAAUUUAUAAGUUCACCAUCAUCAUUAAAUCAAUGUUUAAAUAUGGCAAAAGAUGAAAUGAAAGUAAUUAAUGAUUCAGAUUUAGUAAAUGAUGAAAUUUUUAAUAAUAAAAAUUUUUUUACUUGGUGUUUUUUUGCUCAAAAUGAUCAUUGGGUAACUCAUAAUACAAGAAAUCAUUUAAUUUCAAAAUAUUCAACAAGUGUAAAUACUAAACUUGAAAUUUGUGAAAAUUUAAAUUAUCCUAUUAAACAUGCUUUUGUUUUAAAUCAAAGUAAAGAAUUUGCUGAUAUAACUGUAGAUAGAAUGAAACCUUUUGUUGAGUAG